CACUUUUCAAUAUCUUUUUAGAUCCUCUUUUCUAAGUAUGGGCAAAUCUUCCAAAGAUAAACGCGAUGUGUAUUAUAGAUUAGCAAAAGAACAAGGUUGGCGUGCAAGAAGUGCUUUUAAAUUAUUACAACUUGACGAGGAAUUUGACUUGUUCAAAGAUGUUCAUCGUGCUGUCGAUCUAUGUGCUGCUCCAGGAAGUUGGUCUCAAGUAUUAUCAAACAAACUAAGGGAAAAUCAUGAAAAAAAUCCUCAAGAGGAAGAACCCAAGAUCGUUGCUGUAGAUCUCCAAGCCAUGGCACCAUUAGAAGGUGUAAUUCAAAUACAAGGUGAUAUUACCAAGAAAUCAACAGCAGAUGAAAUUAUUGCUCAUUUUGAAGGCAAAUUAUCAGAUAUUGUGAUCUGUGAUGGUGCACCUGACGUUACUGGGUUACAUGAUAUGGAUGAAUAUAUUCAAGCACAACUUUUAUUAGCAGCUCUUAAUAUCACAACUCAUGUCUUACGACCUGGUGGUACCUUUGUGGCCAAAAUUUUCCGUGGCAAAGACAUCACUCUUUUAUAUUCACAGCUCAAGGUCUUCUUUCCUAAUGUUACUUGUAGUAAACCAAGAAGUUCACGGAAUUCAAGUAUAGAAUCAUUUAUUGUAUGUCAAGGUUACAAUCCACCAGAAGGUUACAAACCAACAAUGGCAAAUCCUUUAUUAGAUAUGAAUUAUGAUGCUGAAAAUAAUAUGCUUGGCGUAAAUCGAACUAUUGUACCUUUCCUUGCAUGUGGUGAUAUUAAUGGCUAUGAUUCUGAUCGGACCUAUCCUUUACAAUCAAGUUAUACUCCAUUGGACCCUCUACAACCACCUAUCACAGCCCCUUACAAAACCGUCAUAUCCAUGCGCCGAAACAAUUUGUUUAACCCUUGAUUAGAUUAGACUGCAUUAGAUAUAUUACACAAUACCUUUUGAAUGCAUCAAUAAAAAAAAAAGGAAUAGUUUAGAUUGGAAUGGCUUUUUUUUUUAACUUGUGACUGAAGCAUCUAUUGAAAAAGGAAAUGACAACUUGCCUAAUUUUAUCCAUCUACAUUCAUCAUCAAACGUUAACAUCAACCAUCAAUAUAAAAAUAAAAAUAAAAAAGGAUCAACAUCAUCAGGUCACUUAAUGAUUUAGAAUUUGAAAAUAUGUUUGUCUUAUUCAAUAGAUCAAUAGAGAUCAAGAUAAAAUAGAAUAAAGGACGAAGGAUAAAAAAAAAAAAA